AUGACUAAAGUGUCUAUUCUUGCGAUUCUACUCGUUGGACAAGCCGCAUGCGCAAGCAUUGGCUAUGGACAACUUCCAACAAGCAAUGUUCAGCCUGCUCCUUCUGCAUAUGGAGCUCCAGCACCAUCAGCUCUGCCUUUGGCUGGUCAUCAUCAUCAUUCAUCAUCAGCUUCUCAUCAUAACACUCACUCAAAUAUGGGCCACAUCACACCCGGAUCUCCAUCUUCAUCCCCUUUCCUUUACAAUAACGAGAUGACAAACUCCUUCCCUUCGCAACAAUGGAAUUCAGGAUUUGUUCCUCAAAUGUUCCAACCAUCAAAUAUGAACAACCAAUAUGGCGCUCUAUAUCAGCUUCCCAGCUCCAGCAGCCAAACCGAAGGUGGAUAUGGUGGAUAUGGAACCACUGUUCAUAACAUUGGUGGACAUCCAUACGUUAUGUACAGACAACCUUUCUUACCUUCGACUCAACAAAAAUCUGGAACUGACCACUCCUUCGGAGCUUACGAAGCUGUUCCAGAAGCUAUGACAGCUCCACCCGAUUCAUCCGUUUCUGUAAACAGCUACGGAUACAACCAAGGAAACGUUUACGAAAGAAUCACAACGCCAACAGAACCACAUACUACUACGAGUCAGAAGAAGGCUACAGUUGCUCCAACAACGACUACUACUACUCCAAGCACUAUCCUCUCCUCCAAUGAUCCAUGGGCAGCCAUAGCAGCUUCAAAUGGAUUGACCAAACGUCAACGCUUCACUAUCUAG